UUCGGAUAUAACGGUUUUUAGUGGAAAGCAAGAAGAACACUUAACUCCGGAGGUUUUCUUUUUGCUUUUCUAGCUCGCUGACGAACCCAACCGCCUCUCCAAUAUUCUUCCCUCUCUCUUCCCUUCCCUUCGUCUUCCCUCAACUCCGGCUGGUACCCAGGUGUCGCCUUCUUCCUCUCUCCACGUUGCCUCCCUAUGGCCAACUCCUCCCAUCCCGCCAUCUACUUCUUCAAACUCGACUCCUCCUUUUCCACCUUCCUCUACACCACCACCAAUUUCCUCCUCCACCGCCGCUGCAAAUUCCGAUUGCUAUCAAAAAAAAAAAAGAAGCUCAAUUGACAUCAUGAACUUAUACGUUUACGUUCUGGAAGCCAGGGAUUUGCCGGUGAAGGACGCCUUCGUCGUGAAGCUCCGGGUCGGGAAGCGCAAGUCCAAGACCCGGGUCCUCAGAAACACAGCUAACCCGGUUUGGAACGAGGAGUUCAUUUUCCCUAUUCACGCCCAUGACGAUGAGAACUUGCUGGUCUCCGUCUUCACCCACCACGAUGGUGCCGGGUUGUUCGGUGCCGGGUCGGGGGAUUUGGUCGGCCGGGUCACCGUUCCGGUUCGCUCGGUUGGCGGCGAGCCUAAUCAGACGCUGCCUCCCACUUGGUUCUCACUCGAAUCCCCAUCUACCGGCAAGCAUGUUCAUCUUGAUUCCGGCAAAAUUCUUCUGUCUAUGUGUGUGAAUGAUGAAACCCAUGAUUCCCCUAGCAAAAACUUCCUUUCCUCUGAUGAGGAUGUGAAAGAAUCUGAAACCCAUUUGGGUUCAGCUCAUGGUAUGCAUUGCUCCAAAGCUCAGCAUCACAAGAUAUCAGGUGGUAAGAAGUUAAUGAAAGCCAUUGCUCAUAGUCUGGAAAAGGUUUUCUCGAAGCAUGAAGAAGAAGGCUCUCCUAGUCCUAGGCCAGAUCAUGAAUCCUCCGAGUUAAACAGUGCUUCGGAUUACCAGGAUUGCACAGAUGAUGAACACCACCCAUCAGCUGUUACAUUUGAAGAGGGUCUUUACAUGAUGGACUCAAUGGAAGAGAAACAGGACAUGCCUGAUAACUUACAGGGAGGUGUGCUUAUAGACCAGAAGUAUUUACUAUCUUCUGGUGAGCUCAAUAGGUUUCUUUUCGAGCCUGGUUCGCACUUUAGAAAGAAUCUUGCAGAGUUGCAGGGAACACAAGAUGUGGUAGAGGGACCAUGGACUUGGAAAUCUGUUGGUCUCACUCGUACGGUUACUUACAUUAAAGCUGCGACGAAGUUGGUGAAGGCUGUGAGGGCCACGGAGGAGCAAUCCUAUGUGAGAGUCCAUGGUCCAGAAUUUGCUGUGCGUGUUAGUGUAAUCACGCCAGAUGUUCCAUAUGGUAACACGUUCAGUGUCGAGUUACUGUACAAGAUGCUGCCUGGACCGAAAUUAUCUUUAGAAGAGGAGUCUUCUUGUCAACUUAUCAUUUCAUGGGGAGUUACAUUUCACCACAGUACGAUGAUGAAAGGUGUGAUUGAAAGCGGAGUUAAACAGGGGUUGAAGGAUAGUUUUGAUCAGUUUGAGAAUCUGUUAGGCCAGCAUCUCAAGGUGAUGGAUUCAGCGAGUUCAUUAUCAGACAAGGAGCAUAUGCUUGCAAGUUUGGGGGCCGAACAUGAGUCGGAUUGGGAGUUAGCAUGGCAGUACUUCUGCAAUUUUACAGUUGUUUCCACUUUUGUUAUGGUUCUUUAUGUUUUGGUGCAUAUAUUAUUAUGUGAGCCUAGCAAAGUUCAAGGACUCGAACUUUAUGGACUUGAUUUGCCGGAUAGCUUUGGACAACUUGUUAGCUGUGCUAUCUUGUUCAUCCAGGUGGAACGUGUUUACAAUAUGGCUGCUCAUUUCAUCGGGACAAGGUUGCAUAGAGGUAGUGAUCAUGGCAUUAAAGCACAAGGUGAUGGGUGGGUUCUUACUGUUGCAUUGAUUGAAGGGACCAAUUUGGCAUCAAUUGGUUCAACAGGUCUCUGUGAUCCCUAUGCGGUGUUAACUUGCAAUGGAAGAACAAGAACAAGCUCCAUCAAGCUUCAAACUAGUGACCCCCAGUGGAACGACAUACUUGAGUUUGAUGCCAUGGACGAACCGCCUUCAGUUCUAGACGUUGAAGUUUUUGAUUUUGACGGUCCAUUUGACCAGGCCACAUCACUUGGGCAUACUGAAAUCAACUUUUUGAAGCACACAGCCACUGAGUUGGCAGAUAUAUGGGUGUCACUCGAGGGAAAGCUUGCUCAAUCAUCUCAAUCAAAGUUACAUUUGAGAAUAUUUCUAGACAACAACAACGGUGUCGAGACCAUCAAAGAUUAUUUGACCAAGAUGGAAAGGGAGGUCGGGAAGAAGUUGAACUUAAGAUCACCUCACAAGAACUCAGCAUUCCAAAAGCUUUUCGGGUUGCCGCCAGAAGAAUUCCUCAUAAGUGACUUUACAUGUCAACUAAAGAGAAAAAUACCCUUGCAGGGCAAGCUCUUCUUAUCUGCAAGGAUUUUAGGGUUUUAUGCCAACUUAUUUGGUCACAAAACCAAGUUUUUCUUCCUUUGGGAGGAUAUUGAUGACAUCCAAGUACUCCCUCCAACUCUUUCAUCCGUAGGCAGCCCUAUGCUGCUCAUAGUUCUGCGGAAGGACAAAGGAGUUGAAGCAAGGCACUGGGCCAAGUCCCAAGAUGAACAGGGGAGGCUGGAGUUCUGCUUUCAAUCAUUUGGCUCAUUCGGUUUGGCCAGCAGGACGAUUACGGCUUUGUGGAGAACAAGAACACUGACCCCUGAGCAGAAAGCACAAAUAGCCGACGAACAAGAGCUUGGACACGAAGGUGACAGACCUGUUAUGGUCGAGGACUCCAUACCCAUUAUGGAUGUUUUUGAAGAUACCAAAAUGUCAAAGAUCUACUCUGAAGAGCUUCCGAUUUGUAUAAAGGAGCUCAUGGAGAUGUUUGAAGGAGGGAAGAUGGAGCACAGAAUCAUGGGGAAAUCAGGAUUGCUCAAUUAUGCAACCACCCCUUGGGAAACCGUGAAGCCGGGUGUCCAAGAGAGGCACGUCAGUUACAAAUUCAACCGCCAAGUGUCCAUCUUUGAAGGUGAUGUCAGUUGCACCCAACAGAGAUCGACCAUGGCAGAUGGCAGCGGAGAAGGGUGGACUGUGAAUGAGGUCAUGGUGCUUCAUGACGUCCCAUUUAGUGACCACUUUCAUGUGAACUUGAGGUAUCAGAUUGAGAAAUCUGGACUUGCACACAAUGCAUGCAAGUGCGACGCUUACGUCGGGAUCACAUGGCUGAAAGCGACCAAGUUCCAGCAGAGGAUCACCAGAAACAUAACUGACAAGUUCUCCCAGAGAAUGAGGGAGAUCUUUGAGCUGGUUGAGAGAGAGAUUCUUUUUGGGAUUCAACACGACUCUCCUUCAUUUUGAGCCACUAUCUCUAGAGCAGUUGAAAUGUUGUAUAUGCACUAUUUACUAAGGUAUCCCUUAUGUUUCCAUUUAGAUCGGCAAGUUCAGAUAAAAUUAUGCUGUUUGU